GAAACAUGCGGUCGCGAGUUUGGCAGCCAGCUAGCUGCUAUCCAGCAUAUGAAUGCACUUAACCAUUGGGGCCUACGAUACGAAUGCGACACUUGCGAUGGCGAGUUUCGCAGCCAGCUAGCUGCUAUCCAGCAUAUGAAUGCACUUAACCACUGGGCCCCACGAUACGAAUGCGACACAUGCGAUCGAGAGUUCUUUACCCAAAGCUCGGCAGAUCAGCACAUGGACGACACGGGGCACCGGGAGCCUCAGUUCGAGUGCGAGACCUGUAGUAAGAGAUUUCAUACCCAAUUGUCCGCCAAUCAGCACAUGGACGCUGUAAAUCACCACAAGCGACACCACUGCCACGAUUGUGGCAAAGCAUUUCAGAGUGAGAAUGCCUUGAACAUGCACCUCAACUCGAGCACUCACCGCGGCAAGAACGUUGCGUGCCCCUUCUGUCAAGCAGCUUUUACCACGGCCAGCGGUGUUUCGCACCACCUUGAGACUGGCUCAUGCCCGCGAGCCAAGAACAUCAAUCACCGCACAAUUUUUCAGGCUAUCAGUCAGCGCGACCCCAGCGGCUUAUUGACGAAUAAGCUGCUUACCUACCCCGACUCCGACAUACAGAACAUUGCAACAAAUGCGACUUGGAACGGCUCCAGCUACGAGUGCUACCUCUGUCACCGAGAGCAUCACACUCUUCAAGCACUAAACCAACAUCUGAAUUCAUUGGUCCACAGCGAAAAGCUAUAUCGUUGCCCGAACCGCAGCUGCAACGGCCAAUUCGUAAGUUUAGCGGCGCUUUUCAAUCACCUCGAAAGUGAGAGCUGCAAGUUUGUGCGAUUCGAGAAGGUUCAAAAGCAUGUCCAUAAUCUCAUCACGGGACGACAGAAGCUGCUCAGCUUUGCGUAA